CCACCUCCUCCCAGAAAAAAAAAAAAACCUAGUGAGAGAGAGAGAUGAUGCAAUCACGCUUUAACUCCCUAGCUCGCACCCUAUCAUCCGCCACAAGAUUAAGGACCUUCUCAUCCACAAUCGAAUCCCCCACCACCAAACCCGAUUUCCCUUCCACACUCGGCGGUCUGCGGGCCCGCCGCGCCGAAUCGCCGGCCCUACCCGAUUUCAUCGGUCUCCAAAACGAUAACCAGUAUUCCGUCGAAGUCGGGACCAAGAAAAAGCCACUCCCCAAACCCAAAUGGAUGAGAGAAUCCGUUCCCGGCGGCGAUAAGUACGUUCAGAUUAAAAAAAAGUUAAGGGAAUUAAAACUCCACACCGUCUGCGAAGAAGCUCGAUGCCCCAAUCUCGGCGAGUGCUGGUCCGGUGGCGAGACUGGGACCGCCACUGCCACCAUCAUGAUCCUGGGUGAUACUUGUACUCGCGGUUGCAGGUUCUGCAAUGUGAAGACCUCGCGGACGCCGCCUCCUCCGGAUCCCAAUGAGCCGGGGAAUGUUGCGGAGGCAAUUGCGUCGUGGGGUUUGGAUUACGUGGUAAUUACGAGCGUAGACCGGGAUGAUUUGGCUGAUCAAGGGAGUGGGCAUUUUGCGGAGACGGUUCAGAAGUUGAAAGCUUUGAAGCCUAAUAUGCUUAUAGAAGCUUUGGUUCCUGAUUUUCGGGGAGAAGCUGGUUGUGUAGAAAAAGUGGCAAAAUCUGGACUGGAUGUCUUUGCUCAUAAUAUUGAGACAGUUGAAGAACUUCAAAGGGUUGUACGUGAUCACCGUGCUAAUUUUAAGCAAUCUUUGGAUGUUCUAACGAUGGCCAAAGACUAUGCUCCAGCUGGAACACUUACGAAGACUUCAAUAAUGUUAGGCUGUGGGGAAACACCUGAUCAAGUUGUGAAGACAAUGGAGAAGGUGAGAGCGGCAGGUGUUGAUGUGAUGACAUUUGGUCAAUAUAUGAGACCGUCAAAGCGGCACAUGCCAGUAUCAGAAUACAUUACACCUGAGGCUUUUGAGAAGUAUCAAACUCUUGGCAUGGAAAUGGUUCUGUUAAGUUGCCUUGUCCAUGGACCUUAAAUGUUCCUCCGUAAAUGGAUGUAUAAGCGAGAAAUUAAAAUAUCAGAAUAGAUGGCAAUAUAUAAUUGCCAAGGAUAGCCUUGUCUACUGCAUUUUUCUCAUCUUUCUUCCUUCUCCUUUUACGAUGCCUCAGCAUCCUUGAUUGGAGCUGGCAGUUAAUGAGUUUGAAUGAUCUGUUCUAUUGGAGAGCAGAGAGCUUUCCGGAGAUAAUUGAAAACUUGUAUUACUCAGAAAUAUUUGUUAAUUAAAGACUUGUAUUACUUAGAAAUAUUUGUGAUUAAGUGUAAUGCUAUUAUUUUCAGUCCGUUCUCAGUGAUCUUGUGUAUUUUAGUCCUAUGCCUGUAUGCAAGUUAAACUUUUGCUUGGUUCCAUAUGAUUGUUCAAGAUAGAUAGAGCGUAGGUUAGAUGCUGACACCUUGCUAUUUCUUGCUUGAAGAGAUCCAUCAUUUGAUAUUGUUUUCUCCUUGACCUUCUAUCUUUAGAUAAGACGUUAGGUUUAGCAAUUAAUGUUUUGUCAGCGUAUUUGCUAUA